AUGCCUCCCGUUGUUUCCCCGCGAUUAAAAUCCUCCCUCGUUCCCGUGCCGACGUCCACGGAGACGAACUUUGAGCCGAACGAUUACAAGAAAGGAUCGAUCGACUACGACGACCUCGCGAAUGACCCGAAGCGUAAAGUCGCGUUCAUCACCGGCGUGACCGGCCAAGACGGAUCGUACCUGGUCGAGUUGUUGUUGGAGAAAGGGUACAUCGUCCACGGCAUUAAGAGACGAUCGAGCGCGUACAAUCAUCCGCGUUUAGAACACAUCUUACAACCCGAUUAUCCGAACGGAGACAAAUUUUUCCUGCACUACGGGGACAUGUCGGAUUUACACGCGUUGGUCGGGAUCGUGAGAGAUAUUAAACCGACGGAGGUGUAUAACUUGGCCGCGCAAUCGCACGUGCAAGUUUCGUUUCAAAUGCCGAUGUUCACCGCGGAGGUUGAUGGGGUUGGUGUGUUGAACGUCAUGGAGGCUAUUCGAUUGACCGGGCAAACGACGACGUGCAAGUUUUACCAAGCGUCGACGUCCGAGUUGUACGGUAAAGUGCAAGAGAUUCCGCAGUCCGAAACGACGCCGUUUUACCCGCGAUCGCCGUACGCGGUCGCGAAAUUGAUGGGGUAUUGGGCCGUUGUAAACUACAGAGAGUCGUACGAUAUGUUCGCGUGCAACGGGAUUUUGUUCAACCACGAAUCGCCGAGAAGAGGGGAAACUUUCGUCACCAGAAAAAUUACUUUGGCCGUGGCGAACAUCAAGGCGGGAAACCAAAAAUGCUUGUAUUUGGGUAACUUGGACGCGCAAAGAGAUUGGGGACACGCGAGAGAUUACGUCGAGUGCAUGUGGAAAAUAUUACAACAAGACGUACCGGAAGAUUACGUGGUCGCGACUGGCGAGAUGACCACCGUUCGCGAGUUUGCCUCCAGAGCGUUCAAGCACGCCGGCAUGGAGCUCGAAUUCAAAGGCGAAGGCGUGGAAGAACACGGCGUGGAAAAGGCGACCGGUAAAACGUUAUUGAGAGUGCACCCGAGAUAUUUCCGUCCCGCGGAAGUCGAGCAACUUUUGGGCAACCCGGCGAAGGCGUUGGAACAGUUAAAGUGGAACCCGAGGCAGACGAGUUUACAAAUGUUGGUCGAGGAGAUGGUGGACGCCGAUAUCGCCAGAGUCGAAAACCCGAACAUUCAUUACUAA